UACUUUUGUUUAUUCAAUGGUACCACCACUCGUAGUGAUUGUAUGGAUUUGCCAGUAUUAAAUGUAUUUGUAAAGAUAAAGAAGGCAGGUAUUAUUUUGAAGUUAGUACUUCAGACUUAACUAAGUUUGAAUUCAGAGAAACAGACAUACUGAAUGCGCUUUCCAGAUUUCUUGUGCGGCUGCGUCUUCGGAGCAUCUUUGAGCUCGGGGUGACAGCGGAGACGAGAGACAGUGCGAGACUUUAUUUAUUCAUACAUGAGCGUGAAGGCCAAGGUUCUUCAGGGGAGAAGUCAUUGAUUAGUAGGCCGUAGUUUGGCCUAGCAUGAAUGUGACGUCAGCUACUAUUUGGUGGAGUAUGGGAAUCAUGUGAAGGUGCGUCAUCGGCGGCCACAACUUCCAGUCAAACAAGAAAGCGUCCGUGAAGAUGGCUGUUCACAGUUUACAUUUUGUUUUGAAGUUACUUACUGUUAUUUUACUAACAGCUGCACCAUGCCUGCCGUUGGGAGACGGACUGGAAAGAAGGAUUUCUUCAGAAUUGAAUCCACAUUGCACAUUGGCACAAUGCAAUACUUCGCAUUAUUCUGUUGUGUAUGUUAAAGCAGAAGGUCCAAAUGAUACAUUACACUAUGUGUGGGAUCUUACUGCGAAGCCUUCUGUUUUACUGGCACUUACAGACAAGGAUUCAAAUCUCACGAUUGACUGGAGGGGUUUCAUUGAUGGCGAAGAUGGAUCUUUAACGUUUUCCACGGAUCCGUUGUAUAGUUUUGGAAUCAUCAUCGACAAGGUGUGGGAAUUCAACGAUGUCAAUGACACUGGUAUGUUCCGUGCUGAUAUGAACAGUUCAUACAUAAAGGAACUGGACACACAGUUCUUCAAUUGGAACAGAACCCAGUUUAGAGAAGAAGAAAAAUCUAUGGUUUUAACUGCAGAAGCCAAUGGUUACAAUGAUUCAGUAGUCACAAAAAAUGGAACAUUGAGAGUAGAGGUAGAAGUAUUUGGCUUCAAUGACCACAGUGAGAAUUUACCUCACCUUUUACACACUUCAAACACCACUCAGGUGGAUAUGGUAUUUGACAGACUAUCCACUGAUCCAUCUUUUAACAAUUCUCGAUUUGCUGUAGAAUUUGUCAUUGUCAGUCAAGAUCAGCGUAAUGGCACUAUGAUUGUCGAUGUCAGAAAGAGCCUAGAUGAUGAACACACACCAGGUGUUUUCACCCUUGUAGAUGUGGAGAGCCCAAGCAGCCAUUCACGCUCUUCUGGAGGGUAUUUGCAGUGGAAACCAGUAGCAUAUUUAGCACAAAAUCGUGAUAUAUCCAAUUCCACUGUUACAAAUGUGUAUGGACCUAUUAAAAGUCCCCCAAAGGCACUCGAUAGCUCACUGUUGUCUGCCUAUUAUGGCAGUCAGUUAACAAAUGGAUCGCAGACUCUUGUGCAAGCUGUGACUGUGUCUUUUGGUGAGGCAGAUGAUGGGUUCUACAAGAAAACGAAGUACACUUCGUGGACAUUUGCCAUUGGCUAUGGGAAGCCACCAAAUGAAGAUUUCUCACUAUUGGUUAUUCUUGUAAUCAGUAUCGGCCUUGGACUUCCUGCUCUUUUGGUUGUAAUCAGUGGUAUUGUGAUGUCCAUUCGCAAGAUCUCGCAAAACAAGGAUGAUCUUUUACUGUCUAGUUGACCCUGGGCUACUUGUAAAUGCAAGUGCAGUCCUGUUUGAUGUCAAGUGCCUGUGUAUGAAAUAUAGACUAUUUUUCAUGUACUCUAAAUAUUUUGCAAUCAUCACGUGUGUGUGUGUGUGUGUGUGUGUGUGUGUGUGUGUGUACAAAAUAUAUUCUUCUGUGAUAAUAUUGCUGUGAAGUAAGCUCUCUUGCUUAAGGAAAUACUUCUUCAGAAGCUGAAUGAUAAAACCAUACUAAUAUCCAUCAUAGGUGGUAGAUUCUUUAUACAAGAUGACCUUUAGUGUACCAGGUGUUACAUUACAUUUUUAAGAGUUGCAUUUUAUUUAAAUACAUGUUCAUUUUGUCAUGCAGGGAUUGAGGAAUCAUGUGCACUGUUUAGCUGGCACAUGUCCAUUGCUGCUGAUGUCUGUAGUGCAUAGCUUUGUGUUUGCAGUAGGGGGUGGCUUGGCAUUCCAGUACACCAUUGGAUAGCUGAUACUUGAAGAUAUUCAGACCUGAGUUUUUGCAACCACGAAGUAGCUGUUCCUCCACAUAUCAAAAGCUGAGUCCCGUACUUCUUUUCAUGCUGAUUCACCUAUGCAGGCAGUACUGGUGAAUCGCCAUGAAGAGAAGUACGAAAAUCGUGUUUUGAUACUUAGAGAAACAAUUACUUCAUGGUUGCUGAAUCUCUUAAAGGCUCAGCUAGAAAAUCCUGUGCAUUAAAGACUACGUCGGCAGCAAUGGGCAUGUGCCAGCUAAGCAGUGCAAGGUAUCACCCAAUCCCUGAAUAGAUUCUACCAGUUAUGCCAGCUAUAAACAGUCUGAGCAGUCCCCCAAUCCCCCCAUUGCAAAGUGAAUCUUCAUCGAUUUUUCUAAAGUGAAUCUUCAUCUAGUAUCAAGAAUUUGACACCCUACGAUGGACAUUAAAAAGGGUUUUGAAAUUCAGAAAUAAGGUCGAGGCAGUUUACCCAAACAUGUAGAAACAUUCUCAAGCAAUCAUAAGCUAAAGAAUGUUAGUGCUGUCAUGUGCAGUAUGCUGUACAAAGCUUCUUUUUAAAAAAUAGAGAUGAUAGUAUUAAAUACUGCUCACGGAGUAUCAUAUCAGCACCAGCUCGUGCAUUUAAGCUUGUUGGAAAAUGUGUAAUAGAUAAUAGUGAAAGUUACUGCAAACAAAUUUUCAUGAACUUGCUGAAGAUAAUAUAAGUUUAAUGUGAAGUUGUAAUCUAUUUAUUGUAUCUAAUUUAUAUAAAGUCGCAGAUAGUGAGAGUUUUUAAAACUGUGUAAUAUAAUAUUGGUGUUAAAAAAUUUGCAUAUUCAUUUAAUUACUGGUGCCUUCAUAAAAAAAGCUUUUGAUGUGGCAGCUUAAUUCAUAAGUUGAUGCAAAGACGGAGUUGUAAUUAUUGAACCUCCUCUGUGACUUAUGUAGUCCAGAAAUGUUUCUUGUAUUAUUCAAGAAACAGUAGUUAACUGAAGGGAGUAGGGUAGAGAAAAUAGUCAUUUGCCAUUUCUUAGAGGCAGGAUAAAGUAAUGUUAAUCUCAUAUUUAUUUGCACGCCAAAGUCAUUGUUUUCAAAAUGCUCUAACUACUAGCAGUGUAAAAUACUCAGAGAAAUAUAUGUUUAAUGCAGAUCAAAUAAGCUAAAUGCUUUAAUUGUUGGAAAUAGUUACUUUAGAGAUAUCCUUGUAAGUAUAUUGUUGUACCCUUUUUUUGUUCAUCUUGAUACUUGAUGUAAAGACUUGUUGUGUUCA